AUGGAUUACUGGACCGCGUUUUUUGAGUCCCUUAAGAACCAUACAUCGACUAUGUAUUGGGAUGGUUUUUUUUCUGCAUUUGUGAUGAUUCUAAUUUCCGAAUUUUGCGACAAAACUUUUUUCCUGGCUGCUGUCUUGUCAAUGCGAUCUCGCCGUCAUGACAAGGUCAAAGUUUUUCUUGGAAGUAUCUUAGCUUUGGCCUUGAUGAGUUUGCUAAGUGUUCUAUUAGGGGGGUUUAUUUUCACUUGGAUUCCGAUGCUUUAUACAAAAAUUGCCUCGACAUUGCUGUUUUUCAUGUUUUCUGUUCUGAUGGUUAGGGAGGCAAUAUUAUCCCAGCCCUCGACGGCAUCUUCACUUGCUGUAUCAUCCUCAACAUUAUCUCCGGCUCGAAUAGAGAGGGAACAAGAGGGAUCUCACAGUUUUACAAGUGUCCUAUCGUUUCGCGACAACGAUAAGCAUGAGGAUAGUGACAAUGAUAAAAAUAAGGAACAAUCUAAGAAGCCUGGGGAAUUUCUCUUCUCCAAGUCGUUUAUUCUUACGCUUAUUGCCGAAUGGGGAGAUCGAUCACAACUUGCCACGAUUGCUUUAGCCACUUCCAAGAAUCUGCCCGGUGUACUUUUAGGAUCCAUUUUAGGCCACAUUAUCUGUACUGGGACUGCUGUUAUAGGUGGUUCAUUUAUUGCUACUCGACUUUCCAUCAGAAAAGGUGGAACAUUCUUUUUUAUUUGUAGUCACCCUGGCUGGGGCAUUGUUGUUUUUCUUGUUUUUUGUUACAUCUAUUUGGGAAAUCGCAUUUGA